GGGGCGGGGCGCGGCGCCGCAGCUGGAUGGCCGGGGCCGCCCGGAGCGCCACCGCCGCCGCAGCCGCACGCACCUGGCAUGCCUGGAUGUCCCUGCUCUGGCUGUGGCAUGGCGGGCCAAAGGCUCCUCUUCCUCGCUGCUGUUGCCCUGGAGCUCCUGGGAGGGGCUGGGGGUUCCCAGCAGGCCCUCCGGAGCCGGGGGGCUGCAGCAGCCUGUCGCCUAGACAACAAGGAAAGCGAGUCCUGGGGGGCCCUGCUCAGCGGGGAGAGGCUGGACACCUGGAUCUGCUCCCUCCUGGGCUCACUCAUGGUGGGACUCAGCGGGGUCUUCCCGUUACUGGUCAUUCCCCUGGAGAUGGGGACCACGCUGCGCUCAGAAGCUGGGGCCCGGCGCCUGAAGCAGCUGCUCAGCUUUGCCCUGGGAGGGCUGUUGGGCAACGUGUUUCUCCACCUGCUGCCUGAGGCCUGGGCCUACACGUGCAGCUCCAGUCUUGGUGGUGAGGGGCAGCGCCUGCAGCAGCAACAGCAGCUGGGGCUAUGGGUCAUCGCUGGCUUCCUGACCUUCCUGGCUUUGGAGAAGAUGUUCCUGGACAGCAAGGACCAGGAGGGGACCAACCAGGCCCCCAGCAAAGACCCCGUUGUUGCUGCCGCCGCGCUCAAUGGAGGCCACUCUCUGGCCCAGCCGGCUGCAGAGCCCGGCCUGAGCGCUGUGGUCCGGAGCAUCAAAGUCAGUGGCUAUCUCAACCUGUUGGCCAACACCAUAGACAACUUCACUCACGGGCUGGCUGUGGCUGCCAGCUUCCUUGUGAGCAAGAAGAUUGGGCUCCUGACCACCAUGGCCAUCCUCCUGCACGAGAUCCCUCAUGAAGUGGGCGACUUUGCCAUCCUGCUCCGGGCCGGCUUUGACCGAUGGAGCGCAGCCAAGCUGCAGCUCUCGACGGCACUGGGGGGCCUGCUGGGGGCCUGCUUCGCCAUCUGCACACAGUCCCCCAAGGGAGUAGGUACGGGAGUGGUGAGUGGGGGCAGGCAGGUGGUGGUCAGCAGAGGGGCCCCAGCCCAGGGCACGGCUGCUCCCCCCAAAGUCCAGGCUGGGUUCUGCCCCUGGUCCCACCCUGUGGGAGAGGUGGGGCGCACACAGUUCCCUGGGCUCCCAGCCAGUGGACCCUCUCCCACUGCAGAGGAGACUGUGGCCUGGAUCCUGCCCUUCACCUCUGGUGGCUUCCUCUACAUCGCCCUCGUGAACGUGCUGCCCGACCUCUUGGAGGAAGAUGACCCAUGGCACUCCCUGCAGCAAGUGCUUCUCCUCUGCGCGGGGAUCCUGGUGAUGGUGCUGUUCUCGCUCUUCGUGGAGUAACGUCUCUGGUGCCCCACCCCCCACACAGCAAUAAGAGACUCGGAUUUACCCUGUGACCGUGUGCGAGGCAGAGGGGGCGAGUGUGAGAGCCAGCGAGCCUCCCAACAGACCAGAGGGUGUGUGUGUGUGUGUGUGUGUGUGUGUGUGUGUGGUGUGCACGUGUGAACACCGGUGUGUGAGACCGACACUGUGAUCCCUCCGGCCCGGGGCCCGCGCCUGCCCCCCAGCCGCACUGCGCCCCUCUCCUUGCCACCCUGUCAUCCUGCACCUCCCAGAGCAGGCAGCAAAGGAAUAGCAGCGCUGCACCCUCGCAGCGGCCUCGCCCCACCAGGAGCCCCAG